CCACACUGCAACCAGCAAAGUAUUCAGUGUCAAUACACAUUACAGUAAACUACUAAAUUAAAUGUACUAAGCCAAGCUUAAAAGUUUAAAAUGAAAUACUCAAUCAUCUGCUGCAUUCUGGCGACAGUAUUACUCAGCCUGUGCGUUUUCAGCGCAGACGCCGGUUUACGCAAACCCAAGAAGCUCACACCAGAAUUGGAAGCGAAAUUCGAGGUAUUGACUGCUUGGAUCGCCUAUCGUCUCAAUUUGAAACACGCCAAGGAAGCUUGUGUUGGAGAAUAUGGUUACUCGGAUGAACUGGCCACCAAUCUUGUCAAAAUAAAGGUGGCGAACCCGACCGAUCAGCAAAAGUGCUAUGUGAACUGUCUCUACAAUAAAUUGGUAUUCUACAAGGACGAUGCUAUCAACAAACAGGCGAUGAAAGAGUCGCUGUACGAAAUUGUGGGUGAACAACGCUUGAUGAAUAUUGUGAAUGGUUGCCUCAAUGCUGGCGGCACAAAUGCCUGUGAUAAGGUCUACAAGUUCCAUGCGUGUGCCUCACCGGAAUUCGAUAAAGUACGCGGUGACAUUUUCUUGCCUGAUGAAUAGGAAACUCGCAAAAGUGAGCUGGAAACGAUUCGUAGGAGAGAUGAAAGUACUCAAUACCAUAAUUUGUUCUUAUAUAAUGUUAUAAAUAUUUUAGUCUAAUUAAAUAUAAUAAAAAUCAACUACAAAAGUCGAA